UUUGAAAGUUUCUGAGAAAAUCGAUUCUUGUAUUCAUAUUUAACAAAUAUUUCACGAAAGUCAUUAAAAAAGGAGGAUGAAUGUGAAAGAGCAAGGUAAUUAUAGGAAAGAAAUAAUAUGUGAUGUGAUGAAUGCUUUUGAAAAUGUGCAACGAGAAAUAAAGAUAGAGAUGGAGAAAUUAAAAGAUGAAAUGAGAUGUAGGGAAAAAGAUUGGACAGAGGAAAAAAAUAAAUUAAAAGAAAGAAUAAAGAAAUUAGAAGUAACAUGCGAAGAAUAUAAUAAAAUUAAAAACGAGAUAAGACAGUUAGAAAAAACGAAGAUGGAUAAUAAAAGAGAAGAUGUGGAAUGUGUAUGGGAUACGAGAAUUGAGAUGAUGAAAGAGUGGCUUGAAAAAUUUGAGGAAGGUGAGAAAGAUGUAAUGCAAGAGAAGGGAAAGAAAAAUAAUAUGAAGGACGCAUUGAUCUCUCCUAUUACUCCAAGUACAUCCCAAUUGCAAAGUACAGCUACUUCUAUUAAUACAGACUUUGGUCGAAAUAAUAACGAUUUUAACUUGAUAGAAACUCCUAGCACUUCAUCGGGAAGACAUGCGCAAAAUCAGAAUUCGAACAUUUUUCAGUUAAAUGAAUCAAAUAGAUCAAAUACUGCCAAUGACAAUACAGCAUUAAAGGAUAAAAAAAAUCAUACUUCCUCGAUUAAUUUCGGUAUUUUCAACAAUUUUGCGAACAAAUCAGCUCAAGCUGCGUCCAGUAAUUCUCGCAACAUUAUGUGUAAUUGUAAAAAACCUGCUGUUCUAAGAGCUGAACAAUUUGGAUCAAAUAAGAGACGUCUAUUUUAUAAAUGCAGUGAAAACGUUUGCAACUUUUUGAAAUGGGCAAAUGAGGAUAGUGCAAAAUUUCAAGAUAACGCAGAGAAGAAACGUUCAAUGGUAUCAAGACCAGACAAAAACAGCGAUAGUAACUUUUCUCGCCCUAGCACUUCUAAGGACAAUUCUAGGGACAAUCCAUCCACAAAUAUUAUGUGUAACUGUAAUCAGCCCGCUCAAAAGAUGAUGAUUUACAAAGAUAGCCCUAAAAAGGGACGACUAUUUUAUAGAUGUCCCAAGGGUCCAACUUCCACUUGUCAUUUUUUCAAGUGGGCAGAUAAGGAUGAUAACCGAAUUCCUGAAAACGCCAAAAAGUCCAAACUUAUCAGGCGUGGAAGAAAAUGUGGAAUUUGUGGAAUAGAAGGUCACAUGAGAUACAAAUGUCCAAAUAUAGUCACUCACACACGUUAUCUCUCCCUCAUGAGUUACAUCGAUAAAAUUUUUCGAAAACAGGAAUGUAAAUAA